AUGUCGUACAACCACCCCCACAUCUUCCGCCAGGACGACCUCGAAUUUCCGCCGCCCGUACAGUAUCAGUGCUUCCCUGAUUAUGCCUCGCCUCCUGACAGGUAUGCGGAUUCUGCCGCAGGAGAGACCCGCCCAGCUUUGUAUCCCUCUUCGUCCUCCCAGAUACAUCCGCACCCGCUAUUCACCCGACAGCAUAAUACCACCGCCGAUGACCCCACUUCCCAGAAUCACCCCUUAGACCCACACGUUCUCGCCUCCCAUCACCAACUUUACCAAUCGUCCUCGCCGUUUACAAAUAUCCAGCCCCAUCAGCAGCCUCAGCGCCCCCACGAGUCUCCUCAGAGCUGGCCUCCGUACGAACCGCCGCAGAUUCACCAGCCGUUCCCCCAGAGCAAUUUGCCCCUUUCUUAUGCGCCGUAUCACAACCCACCACCGUUUCCUAAUCGUCUCUCGCCACCCCCGCCCAGCAAUCAGCCGUUUCAGUUCAAGGGCUCCAAUCAUUCUAAUGCUGGUACCUCAGCAGUACAUCGCAUGAGUCUCGCUGGCUCUCUCGACCCCGCCACUGGGAUAUUCUAUCGGACUCCAGAGCACCCACGCCUGCGCACCGCCCAGGCAUGUGAGAAAUGCCGCACGAGGAAGGCGAAGUGCAGCGGUGAACACCCAGCCUGCAAGCGCUGCCUGGCUCGGGGGCUCGUCUGCGAGUACGCGAAGGAGGGCCGUGUCCGCGGGCCGAACAAGCCCAAAGCCAAAAUGCCUCCCGGCGGGACUGGCGGCAGCGGGAGCGACGGGCGUUCCACACCGAAGGGCGCCACCGGGUCAGGUGGUGGUGCGCGAGGGACCUCGCGCAAUCGCACGAGCAGUGCGAACAGCAGCGCGGGUUCGUCCGACCACCCCGACCUCCCACCAGCCGUUCGUGCGGCCCUCCAACGCGCCGAGCAGGACUCGUCGCCCUCGAGAAGGAACGGGAAGAGGAAUUUGGGCGCCUCGAGGAGGAAUUCGCUAUCCUUGGGGGAGCACCGGUCUAAUAGACCUCGUCCACCUGACCUCCACUUGGAUAGUCCGUCGAGUUUGUAUCGAAUUUCGACAGGGGAAGGCCCGAGAUCUGCGUCGGCGGUAGGAGGCGGAAUGCCUGAUCCCGGUUUUAUGUCGUUCCACCAUCAUGCGCAGGGCAAAGGAGAAUUUGUGCAGGACGAUAUGGGACAGCAAUUCCACAGAAACGUUAUGGCCUCAUCCUCCGGCUCGUCGCUGAAGCGCAUACACCGAGGCAUGCACGACGACCAGACGACGCCUCUCGCCCUCCCACCGACUCAUAAUCUCGUCCCCGUUGGGAUGCACGUCAACAUUGGAUCAAACGACCAUCAAAUGGGCGAAGAGCUGGUAUAUCCUCCCCCAGAGUAUUACCACCACCACCCACGCCCUAGCCACGACGAGAGUGGGCACGCGCUCCCUGGCUCGUUCUCGAAUCAGAACGUGGGAGCUAGCUCGCCGCAGACGAGCACCGUUAGCGCCGAGACGACGAGCACGCUUGGCUCGCCAUUGACGCCGUCCUCCGCGUCUACCCCCUCCCUGCUUCCUCCAGGGAUGUUGCCUCAUCAUCCCCAACACCAAGGAGGCGGCAUGCAAGCUGGACUGGAUUUCGAGCUCGACCCUCAGCUGGCGCCGCAUUCGGUCCCAGCGUCUCAGCAGGUAACCCCGGAUGGAAAGCAGCAUCAUCAUAGCGCCGGCGACUCGCCGCUUGCGAUGCACAAGCAGUAUCAUUCGGCCAUGGACCUACAUAUGUGUUGA